AUGGGGGUUGUACUAAUAGUGAAUUUGAUCGCUGUUUUAUUUCAGAUACAGUUAUACGCUAGGAUACCCCGUCAUAACAAGCACCGAAGAUCGAUAUAUGGGUUGUCGUAUAAUUUUGUAUUUUUAACAUGGUUGCAGCUAGCUUGUCGUAAUAUAACAAAUUUGUUGUAUUCUUGCAAUAACAAGGUCAAAGAGCAAAUUGGAAGACGAUAUCCUUAUGGGGAGUUUGAGGUACCAGGAUUGCUCGUCGUUCUUGCCGAAGUAAUACUAUUUGGUGUAAUCAGCGAAGGGUUGAUUCAAUUAUAUCUUCCCAAGUAUAAAAAAACUAGGAAUAUUAAUCAGGGUAUUAGCACGAUUCCCAAGGUAUUUGUAGUGAGUGGACUUGUUAUCGAAGGGUGGAUUACCUGGUGCGUUAUUAAUAAUGAAAGGUUUUCUUUUAAAGUAUUGGAUUGUGUUGAUUUCAUUUGGUUUUUCGGUAAUAUUUGUGGUUGGAUAAAGCUAGUACCACAGGUUUUCAUGAAUUGGUUCGACAGUUCUGUAGCAGGGACUUACAAGUAUUUUUCUAGGUUUUAUGGGAUGCUGAUAGUUUUUCAAUUGAUUGUCAAAGUGGUUAUUAUGUUCGGUGUGGAUUCUAAAAUACAUUGGUUUAAUGAGCCGGUGAAUAUCGAUACUUGGGGAAGUAUAUUGAUAAAUUUGAUCAUGAGUUUUACUUUCAUUUAUCAAGAAGAAAUAUAUAAGUUCAAUCGGCCUACUUUAUUACAAAAUCAACCAGAAGGAGAAGUGGUUUAG